AUGGAUUUUAUUACAAUUGAAUAUAUAUAUUUAAUAUACUGUGUACAUAGGAAGGGAAUGAACUUCUUUUUUAAUUGUAGUUCAUGUAAUACAAACUUUAACUUUCAAGAAUCAUAUUGUAAAUAUUGUAUAGCAAAUAUCAACAACACUUUUUUAACCUUUAAUCUAUGGUACCAUAGAAUAACAGCGGAUCAAACAAGAGUAUUCGAUUUGAUUGAAAAUGUCACAGAGAAACGUCAACAGAAUAUACAAUUGAAGAAAUCGAUUGAAUGUCACCUCGAGAGUAACAAAGCGUUGUUGGAUCGCGAGGCAAAGAUUGGUUUAAUCAUUGGGAAGCGUGCACAAUUGGCACGUCUGCGUGAACAGUGUGACGUAAUGAAGCGCGAGAUCAACGACGGCAACGAACUGAUAGAGUCACGCAAGAAGUAUCUCAGUGCAAGACGUUCACAGCUCAAAAAGAACAAAGCAAUCUUUGAAAACUCUGACAAGUCGGAAUGCACACAACUUCCGGAACGCAUUGAACGGCUCCGACUCGACCUCACAGACAACCGUCUCCGUCUUGAACUAAAACGCAAACAAAACGUAGAUAUCAUAACCAAUUACAUACUACCCAUAAUGCGGUCAGCAACAGAACCAGAUAACCUUGUAAUAGUCAACAUUGUUGUUAACGAUAAGAAACUUCAGAAGUAUCCAAAGGAUAUUGUAUCAGCAACAUUAGGAUAUGUUGUAAAGUUAACAGAGAUGAUUAGUUUGAUGCUUGGUAUUCCUUUGCCACACAAGAUGAAGUUUGUUGGUUCAAAGUCAACGAUUCAACAGAAUAUCGAUGUUGGCAAACAACCGCUACCACUCUAUUUCAAUAAUAAGACAAAGACGCGUGACUAUCAAAAGGCAUUCACCAUCUACACAACGCUAGACGCCGAAGAAUAUAAAGAAGAUUGGGAAUUCAUUGACUUCCUACCGCCACAACCCGACCAAACAGAAGAUAUCGAACAACUUGAAAGAAUAUUAAGAUCAGAUAAUUUAACUUAA